CUGAUUGGCAGUUGGCUGGGGUGGGGGCUGGGAAGACUGUUAUAAAGCUGAGAGUGCUAGGGAGGCAGCUGUCCCUGCCUGGAGCCCCCCAGGUCCCUCUGCUACCAUGGCCGCCCACCGCUUAGUAAUGGUCCGCCACGGAGAGAGCACAUGGAACCAGGAAAACCGUUUUUGUGGGUGGUUUGAUGCAGAGCUGAGUGAGAAGGGGGCAGAGGAGGCCAAGAGGGGUGCCAUUGCAAUCAAGGAUGCCAAGAUGGAGUUUGACAUAUGCUACACGUCGGUGCUGAAGCGGGCCAUCCACACCCUGUGGACCAUCCUGGACGGCACAGACCAAAUGUGGCUGCCUGUGGUGCGCACUUGGCGCCUCAACGAGCGGCACUAUGGGGGCCUCACUGGUCUCAACAAGGCUGAGACAGCCGCAAAGCACGGGGAGGAGCAGGUAAAGAUCUGGAGGCGCUCUUUCGACAUCCCACCGCCACCAAUGGAUGAGAAGCACCCCUACUACAACGUCAUCAGCAAGGAACGUCGGUAUGCAGGCCUGAAGCCAGGGGAGUUGCCUACCUGUGAGAGCCUCAAGGACACCAUUGCCCGGGCCCUCCCCUUCUGGAAUGAGGAGAUCGCCCCCCAGAUCAAGGCUGGCAAGCGUGUGCUCAUUGCAGCCCAUGGGAACAGCCUGCGGGGCAUCGUGAAGCACCUGGAAGGGAUGUCAGACCAGGCCAUCAUGGAGCUGAACCUGCCUACGGGAAUCCCCAUUGUGUAUGAGCUGGACCAGACGCUGAAGCCCACCAAGCCCAUGAGGUUCCUGGGAGAUGAGGAGACGGUGCGGAAGGCCAUGGAGGCUGUGGCUGCUCAGGGCAAGGCCAAGUGAGGGUGGGCACAGGCAAUAAAGGUACCUCUGCAAGC